CCCUGCUACUUGCUUACUGUAAGAAUCAUCAGAAUGAGAAAUCUCCAACGAGGUGAUGUUUUAAGCCAGGCUGAUUGCUAUGUGACAUUGUGGUUGCCUACUGCUACAUGUGAGAAGUCCCGCACCAAAACUGUAAGAAACUCCAACAAUCCAGUUUGGAAUGAGACUUUCUACUAUAGAAUCCAGAGCCAGGUCAAGAAUGUGCUGGAGCUAACUGUGUGUGAUGAGGACUUUGCCACUCGAGAUGAUCAUCUCCUCUCCGUGCUCUUUGAUACUGCUAAACUUCCCCUUGAAAGAACAGUUCUCUUAUGUUUUAAGCCUGAUCCAAAGGCCACAGAGGAGUUAGAAGUUGAAUUCAGGCUGGAGACCACUUCUGGUCCUCAUGAAGCCAUUGCUACCAAUGGAGUCCUAGUGUGUCGCGAACUUUGCUGUUUGGAAGUCGAAGUGGCUGAGAAGCAGCAACAAAAAUCAAAGAAAGAGCUUUCCCUUACAGUGAAAGGUUCCUUUGAAGGGACCAGGGACAUUGCACUGGGACCUGAAGGAGUUGUCAGCCCUGCAGGUCCUUCCAGGUUCCAUUAUAUCAAGUAUGCAGAGCCAACGCUGGAUGUCAUGUUGCCAAAGAAGAGGCAGUAUCACCCUUGGACCUGUAAGUUCAGUACAGAGACAGGCUCCCCAGUGGUGAUGCUGAAUUCGCUGCCCAUGGGACGGAAAACUACAAUUGCAGAGGAGAAAAGAUUUGACUUGAAUGUCAAAGCAGAAAACUGGAACGAAGACCUGGACAUGCGGUUUGGCUUUAGCUUAUGUUCAGAGGAGAUGAAUUUCCUGUGGAAAAGGAAGAGAUACGUAGCAAAUGCUCUGAAAAAUGUUUUUCACCUGCAACAGGACCUCCAGCCGUGUGAAGUCCCUGUGGUGGCUAUCAUCACAACAGGAGGAGGACUGAAAUCGAUGACAGGACUCUAUGGCAGUCUACAGGCGCUCAAGAAAUUGAAUCUCUUGGACUGUAUAACAUACAUCAGUGGACUGUCUGGCACCACAUGGACCAUGGCCAGCUUAUACAGAGAUGCCUACUGGUCACAGAAGGACCUAGACUGGCAUAUUGGUGAAGCUCAGAAACAAGCAACCAAAUGCAAGAUGAGCUGUUUCUCUAUGGAUCGCAUGAAGUACUAUAACAAGCAGUUAUGUCAGAGGAAAAAAGACGGAUACAGGACUUCGUUUAUAGAUCUUUGGGGGCUCAUGAUUGAAUAUCUACUAAAUGAUGGGAAAGAUCCUCACAAGCUUUCGGAGCAGCGAGCAGCAGUGUGUGAGGGUCAGAACCCAUUGCCCAUAUACGUGUCAGUCUGUGUUCGGGACAACUAUAGCACUCAUGAUUUCAAAGAAUGGGUGGAGUUCACCCCGUACGAAGUGGGCUUGCUGAAGUAUGGAGCCUUCAUUCGUACAGAGAAUUUUGGAAGCGAGUUUUUCAUGGGACGCAUGCUAAAAAAACUCCCCGAAUCCCGAAUAUGCUACCUUCAAGGUAUGUGGAGUAGUAUAUUUUCUGUGAAUCUGUUACAAAUAUGGGGAAUAUCGCACAGUUCGGAGGACUUCUGGAAGAGAUGGACCCAAGACAGAAUAGAAGAUGUCGAUGAAGACCCAGUACUGCCUACAAGGCCCCACGAGCUCAGGACUCGCACAUACACACCUCCCGGUCCCCUCUCUAAUGCUCUUCGAGGUGCUCUAACUGACCGCUUCUCAGUCGCCCAGCACCACAAUUUCCUGAAGGGCUAUCAGCUGCAUAAUAACUACCUUGAGAAUGAACACUUCUGUCGCUGGAAAGAUACUGUGUUAGACACACGUCCUAAUCAGCUGAUGCAAAAUCCUAAUCACCUGGGCAUGAUAGAUGCUGGAUUUUUCAUCAACACCAGCAGUGCACCGCUUUUAAGGCCACAGAGGGAAGUGGAUGUCUUCAUAUAUUUAAGUUACACUACUGGAUCACAUUCAUCGACUCUGGACAAAACCUGCAAAUACUACUCAGAACAGCAAAUCCCAUUCCCCAAAAUUUCUUUGAGUGAUGAAGAGAAGAAAAAUCUAAAGGAGUGCUACCUCUUCCAAGAUCCAGAUUCUCCAAGAUGUCCUAUUGUGAUUUUUCUUCCACUUGUGAAUGAUACCUUCCGAGAGUACAAAGCACCCGGUGUAAAGCGUUCCUGCUCAGAGAUGGAGGGAGGACAGCUUGAUUUGACCAGCCGCACUUCCCCCUAUCGCAUGUUCUCGGUCAGAUACUCUGAUGAGAAUUAUCGUCGGCUGCUAAACCUCAGCGAAUACAAUAUCCUGAAUAACUCUCAGGUGAUCAUGCAGGCGCUGCAGAUGGCAAUGCAACGGAAAAGACAAAACAUGUGCUAA